GGCGGGUGGAGGUGUCACGUCACGUGGGGAGGGGUCACGUGUCGGGGGCGGUGCCUACGAGGGGCUGAGGAUGAGUCGCGCGGACCCCGAGGAGCUGCUGCGCUGCCCAUACGAUGGGAGUCACCGCGUCCGCGCCGCGCGCUUCCCCUACCAUCUGGUCAAGUGCCGUAAGAAUAACCCGGACAAGGCUCGCACCCUGGAGUCCUGCCCCUUCAACGCCAGGCACUGCAUCCCCAAGGCCGACAUGAAGCACCACAUCACUAACUGCUCCGACAAGAAGGCCAUCGAGGACGAUUUUGUCAGCGUUGGGCAGAGAAAACAUUGUGAAAUACCUCAAAGUACCUGGCAAUGCCCACCCCCAGAGGAGGACUGGGAGAGAGAUAAUGGCGAUGACACCUCUGCUACUUUUGUCUACGGCUACAGCAAUGUGAACCAGAGCUGUGUGAAAGGCAGUUCUAUUUCAGUUUAUGAGAGCAACAAUAAUUUAGCAGUUGGUAUAAGAGCUCCAAAGACUUUGCCUGAGCAGCCGUUGUCCUCAGCGGAUUGUCUGGGAUCCGUGCCGUUUGUGUUGCCCUGGAGAGUGGGUUCAUCGUCCCGAGUGUGAGAGGUGUCUACUCUCCAACCGUAGCCACCUGUUCCUCGCCACGUGGAGGAGGUAGAGAAGAGGAAUUGGACCAGACCUUGUUUUUAAAGGUGGCCAAUGUCACACUGGGAAUCCUGUUGUCCCUGUGGUUUAUAAGAUGUUAAGAGGACUUCUGCACGACAUUAAGUGCGGUAACUUUUAACCCACCCCCUCAGAGAGGGACACACCUGAUGGCUGUUCCUCAGAACCUGUAGCCACAGACACGAUCCCUGUUCCAAUAGUUUUGUUUGGGCUCAGACUUUGUUCCCUGUUAGUUUACCAUUUAAUAAAAAAAAUUGUUCUGAAAAA